AUGGCACGCGCGAGCGUCUCGGUGGCCAGAGAGGGCAGCCAGUGGGUGCUGCAGUUUGGCGCCCAGGCGCCGCCGCCCGGCGCCGCCGGCACCACCCUGCCGCUGCGCCAGAAGCAGCCGGUGGCCGAGGAUGCCGUGGUUGUGACUGAGCUCGCGCUGCUGCCAGACGCCGCCGGCGCGGCUGCGGACGCCGCCAGGAGCAGCUUCCCAGGCGUAGACAGCCAGGGCAACCUUGUGCCCUACUUCCCAGACGGCGGCGGCCCCUCCAGCGGCGGCGGCGGCGGCAGCGGCACCACCGGCGGCGGCCACGGCGGCGGCACCAGCGGCGGCCUGCAGCCCGGCGCACCUGCGCCGUCAGCAGGGCCACAGCAGCAGCAGCAGCAGCGGGACGGGCAAGUGGCCGACAUUGCAGCAGCAGGCGACACGCCGCAGGCGGGGCAGGUAGCCGCAGUGCCGCAGACCUCGACGCCGCUUCAGGCCGCUGCGACGACAGCCGCGCCGCCAGAAAUAGCUGCUCCAACUGCCUCCGCGCCUGCAGCAGCUGCAUCACUGGCAGCAGCAGGGGCAGCCCCCUCUGCUGAGACAGCAUCGGAAGAAGCGGCGGCGGCGGCAGCAGCACGAGUGCAAGCGCCGUCCGCCGAUGCAGCAGCAGCACCGGCUUCCCCAGCGGCCUCGCUGCGUGCCGCUGGGGGUGCGGGCACGGAUGCAGCACACGCUCCUGAGCAGGCUGUUGCGUGGGCUGACGCAGCGAUUGCGGCGGCGCUAAAGGCGGUGCCACGCAAGCACCCGCGCAAGGCCGGCAUGCCGUCUCCAGAGCAGCGCAGCGCCAGCCCCACCCCCCAGCCCAGCCCCAGCCCGUCAGCUGGGCAACCAGUGGCACAGCCAGCAGCAGCAGCAGCAGCAGCAGCAGAAUCAGAACCAUCAGCAGCAGAAGAAUCAGAAGCGGAAGCGGAAGCGGAGGCAGAGGCAGAAGAGGAUGAGGCGGGGCAAAGUCGCGGCCAGGGCGGCACACCCGACCUGGCUGAGCCGAUGAGCGAGGACGGCGUGAGCAGCAGUGGCGGGCUGGGCGGCGGCAGCGGCGGCAUGUUUGGAGAAGAGGAAGAGGAGGGAGAGGAGGAGGAGGAGGAGGGGGAAGGCGCCACACAGCAGGACAAGUUUGACACACAGUGCGCCCUGUGUGAUGACGGCGGCAACCUGCUGGCCUGCGACGGCCCCUGCAUGCGCAGCUUCCACGUCAGCGCAGAGGACGACGGCUGCAACCUGCUGUGCCUGCCGCCCGACCUGGCCCAGACCCUCACCUCCGCCGCCAACAGCGAGACCUUCCUGUGCCCCAACUGCCUGGCGGGCGUGCACCAGUGCUACGUGUGCAAGCGAGAGGGCAAGGCGGGCACCGAGGUGUUCAAGUGCAUCAACGCCUCCUGCGGCCGCCACUACCACCCCGAGUGUGCGGGGGCCGAGGCCGGCCAGCCCUUUGUCUGCAAGCUGCACUCCUGCCACGCGUGCGGGCAGCCCGGCGACGCGUCGGCGCCCGGCCAGGCGGGCGAGCUGGUGCCGUGCCGGAGGUGCCCGGUCGCCUUCCACCGCCGCUGCCUGCCCAUCGAGCUGCCGCGGCACCGCGACGGCGGCGCCAGCCUGGCGCGGGUGUGGCUGGCAGACUACGAAGAUGAGUCGGGCAAGUGGCUGGACGGCGUGGAGCAGUCGCUGCUGUACUGCCGCAACCACAGCCUGGGCGAGAAUGGGCAGGCUCUGUUUCAGCUGCCGCGCCGGGACCGCGCGGGGCGCAAGCAGGCCAAGGCGCCGUACGUGCUGCUGCGCCCCGACCUGCUGAGGGCGGCGCUGGUGCACUACGCGGAGCAGCACCGCCACCUGGCAUCCUCCCGCAGGCUGCUGGCAGAGGAGAAGGCGCGGCAGCGUGCGGCGGAGGAGCGGGCGCGUGCGGCGCGGGGGGGCUCGGAGGGACCGGGCUCCGAGAGCGAGGAGGAUGAGCUGCUGGCGCACCGGGCGGCGCUGGAGGCGCUGGUACACGCCCCCAGCCGGCGGCGGCGCCAGGACCGCCUGCGCCGCCUGCUGCAGGAGGCAGAGGACGCCCCCUCUCUGACCAAGGACUCGCUCUGGCGCGCCACGCGCCGCCCCGAGCCGUACGCCUACCCCAUGAAGAAGACGAUAGACGAGGCCAAGCUGCAGGCCCUGGAGCGCAGCGUGCAGUACGCGCUGGCCAGGCGGCUGCCGGAGGCGGAGCUGCUGCAGCUGCUGGACGCGCAGGCGGUCAGGUCGGUGCUCUCACACUACGAUGACCUGCUGAUGGUGCUGGCCCCUUACCUCCACGAAAACCGCUACUCCUCCUACGGCCGCCACUUCACCUCCCACCGCCUCCUGCACACGGCGGCAGACAGGUGGGCUGGGGUGGGGCUGACGCUGGGUGGGUGGGUGGGGGGUGAAGUGGGGGCGUGGGAGGAGUAG